AUGCGUUUCUCAACCCUCAUCCUCGCCUCCCUCGCCGGCCUGGCCACCGCAAACUUCGACCUCUACCUGGGCCACCAAAUCAUCCCCGUCGACGGCGGCGUCCUCCACGACGGCUGGUACAUCUUCGACAACGACCCCACCAAAGCCGACGUCCUCGCCUACGGCCCCUACCUCUCCCAAGACGACGUCUCAGGCCGCAUGACCGGCGUCCGGUGCGUCGGCAGCGGCUGCUACGGCGGUGCCGCCACCGACAUCAACGUCCUCGAGAUGCACUUCAGCAACAACCCCCUCUACCAUUGGACCAUCUACAAAGACAGAGGCCAUCCCUACAAAAUGUAUGGCCUCGACGGCAGGACCUACGGGGAGUGCAUCCUUUUCCCGGGCGUCAGUUUCCACCACAUGACCAAUUUCGCCGAAACCCGCAGCGGCGUCCGCAAGUUUCGGUGUCUGACGCAGUUUACUGCUCGGCAGAUCAGGGCUGCGAACUGA